CUCUCUCUCUCACUCUCUCUCUUUCUCUCUCUAACGCUCCCCUCUCUUCCUCUCUCUAGAAUUCUCUCUCUGUUUUAUAUCUCUAAGAAAUUCGAAUUUUGUUCUUCGUGUUCGGUAGCUUGUCCAUCGAUUAAACCGGUUUCGUCCACUCCGAUCUCAGUGUUUCUCGAAAAUUUCGAGGGUUUCGAUACAUUUGGAUCUGGCAGAGAGUUCAAUUCUAUAGCCUCUUGUGGGGGAGGCAUAGUUUCCAUUUCUGCUUUGUGCUCUUGUUAGUUCAACCUUUGGGGAGCACAGCAACAGAUUUUAAGCAUAAAAAUGACUGUUAGAACUCCAGGAACACCAGCUUCAAAGAUAGAGAGGACACCAGUAUCAACCCCAGGGGGGCCAAGAGCUAAGGAAGAGAAGAUUGUAGUUACAGUACGGUUAAGGCCUUUAAGCAAAAGGGAGCAGCUAGCAAAAGACCAAGUAGCAUGGGAGUGCAUUGAUGAUGAUACUAUUGUUUAUAAACCACUACCUCAGGAUCGUUCAGCUCAACCAGCCUCAUUCACAUUUGAUAAAGUUUUUGGUCCUGCUAGUCUAACUGAGACAGUAUAUGAGGAAGGAGUAAAGAAUGUUGCCCUCUCUGCUUUGAUGGGCAUCAAUGCAACCAUAUUUGCAUAUGGACAAACUAGCAGUGGUAAGACAUACACAAUGCGGGGAAUAACAGAGAAAGCAGUUAAUGAUAUCUAUAGGCAUAUCAUGAAUACCCCAGAAAGAGAUUUUGCAAUAAAAAUUUCUGGACUGGAAAUAUAUAAUGAGAAUGUAAAAGACCUGUUAAAUGCAGAAUCUGGUCGCAAUUUGAAGCUGUUGGAUGAUCCAGAGAAAGGUACUGUGGUUGAAAAGUUGGUAGAGGAAACAGCAAAUGAUGAUCAACAUUUGAGACAACUAAUCAAUAUUUGUGAGGCUCAAAGGCAAGUUGGUGAAACUGCCCUUAAUGAUAACAGUUCAAGAUCACACCAGAUAAUAAGGCUGACAAUUGAAAGUACUCUCCGUGAAAAUUCUGAUUGCGUGAGGUCCUUUGUUGCAACCUUGAAUUUUGUUGAUCUAGCUGGAAGUGAAAGAGCUUCACAGACACAUGCAGAUGGUGCUAGGCUUAGGGAAGGAUGCCAUAUUAACCUCAGCUUGAUGACACUCACAACAGUAAUCAGAAAGCUCAGUGUUGGCAAAAGAAGUGGUCAUAUACCCUACAGAGACUCAAAGCUUACUCGCAUAUUGCAGCACUCACUUGGUGGGAAUGCACGCACGGCCAUCAUAUGUACUCUGAGUCCAGCACUGAGCCAUGUUGAACAAUCUCGAAACACUCUCUUCUUUGCCACCCGCGCAAAGGAAGUAACAAACAACGCCCAAGUAAACAUGGUUGUUUCAGACAAGCAGCUAGUAAAACAUUUGCAGAAGGAAGUAGCCAGGCUGGAAGCAGAACUGCGCACUCCUGAGCCAUCAAAGGAAAAGGAUUGGAAAAUUCAGCAGAUGGAGAUGGAAAUUGAGGAAUUGAGACGGCAAAGAGAUCUUGCACAAUCUCAGGUGGAUGAACUACGCAAAAAACUUCAGGAGGACCAACAGAGUUCAAACCCAUUUGAAUCACCCCGUCCGUCAGUGAAGAAGUGUCUCUCCUAUACUGGUACGCUAUCACCAAAACUUGAAGGCAAGGAGAUAGGCCGUGUUGACAAAGUAAGAAGCACAAUGUUGAGGCAGUCUAUGAGGCAAUCAUCAGCUGCUCCAUUCACUCUUAUGCAUGAGAUUCGCAAACUAGAACAUCUCCAGGAGCAGCUUGGAGAAGAAGCAAAUAGAGCGCUGGAAGUACUACAAAAGGAAGUGGAUUGUCAUAGACUGGGUAACCAGGAUGCAGUUGAAACAAUUGCUAAGCUGCAAGCAGAAAUAAGAGACAUGCGUUCCAUGCGUCCAGUACCAAAAGAAGUUGGAGUUGGAAACGCAGUUGCUCCUAAUAAGAGUGUCAGUACUAAUCUGAAGGAAGAGAUUACAAGACUUCAUUCACAAGGCAGCACCAUCGCCAACCUUGAGGAGCAGCUUGAAAAUGUUCAGAAGUCUAUAGACAAAUUGGUAAUGUCUCUUCCAAGUAAUUAUCACGAGUUUAACAGUGAAUCAUUGCCCAAGACUAGGAAGGAACAUAAAAAGAAGAAGUUACUGCCGUUGGCUUCUAGUAAUGUUGCCAACCGCCCAAAUUUUAUAAGAUCUCCUUGCUCACCUCUAUCAGCUUCUCGGCAAGUUUUGGAUUCUGAUAUUGAAAAUAUAGCUCCUGAGUAUGAUGAUACUGUGUCCAGUGAGACUCUGCCAGAGUCUGAAAAGGAGACACCCACCAAGAGUGAAGAUGGUGGAGAUGUCUCUUCUAAGGAAAACACUCCCGGCUUUCGACGUUGUAGUUCAGUUAACAUGAAGAAAAUGCAAAAGAUGUUCCAAAAUGCUGCAGAAGAGAAUGUAAGAAGCAUAAGAGCAUAUGUAACAGAACUGAAAGAACGUGUGGCCAAACUCCAAUACCAAAAACAACUACUUGUUUGCCAGGUGCUGGAGCUGGAAGCAAAUGAAGCAGCAGGGUACAAUUUAGAGGAUGAAGAAAACAUUGAGGCAGAGGAGCCGCAGGUUUCAUGGCAAGUGACUUUUAGGGAGCAAAGGCAGCAGAUCAUCGAGUUAUGGGAUUUGUGCCACGUCUCCAUCAUUCACAGGACCCAGUUUUAUUUGUUAUUCAAGGGGGACCCUGCUGAUCAAAUUUACAUGGAAGUGGAGCUUAGGCGCUUGAUAUGGUUGCAGCAGCACCUAGCAGAACUCGGGAAUGCAAGCCCAGCUCCCAUGGGAGACGAGCCCACAAUCUCUUUGUCAUCAAGUUUCAGAGCACUUAAGCGUGAAAGAGAGUUCCUGGCAAAGAGGUUGACCUCACGUUUGACAGUGGAGGAGAGAGAUGCAUUGUACAUUAAAUGGGAUAUUCCACUUGACGGGAAGCAGAGGAAGAUGCAAUUUGUAAGCAAGCUUUGGACAGAUCCCCAUGAUGCUAUGCAUGUACAGGAGAGUGCUGAAAUAGUGGCAAAGCUUGUAGGGUUCUGUGAAAGUGGCAACUUGUCAAAGGAGAUGUUCGAGCUUAAUUUUGUGCUUCCAUCUGAUAGGAGGCCAUGGCUUAUGGGCUGGAAUCAAAUCCAAAACCUUCUUCAUUUGUGAUCAAAUUACAUUUUGUUGACAUUGUUAUCUCUUGUACAUGCAUAUGAAUUUUUGGAGCUUUCCUCCAAAAUGUCCAAGCUGUUAUUUUUGUGACUCAUGGAGCGCGCUAUGUAUGAUGAUGAUGGCUCCGGAUAUUAAUUUUUGUAAUUUUCCUAUUUGAAUAAAAGAAUCGAUUCUUUUUGCUU